CUUAUUGCCAUAAAUUAAUUCCUUCCAAGUGACAUCUAAUUUCUUAUGUGACAUCAUGAAAACAUCACAUUUUAGAGAAGUUGCAUAGAAGUAAAUAAACUAAUCGCCCCACAUAGUUUUUGCUAGAAGAAUAAUGUUCCUUGGUUUCCCUAAACAAUAACUUUUGGAUUGAAACAUUAACAUCAUUAGCAUACGUUACCAAAAUGGGAGACGAGAAGCCUAAGAAGGAGGAGUUCUCCACAGAGCUCUAUACCCCCAAGUUCUUCGCUCUUUGCUUCGUGGGGGGCACCCUGGCGUGCGGGCUCACGCACACGCUGGUGACCCCGCUAGACCUCGUGAAGUGCCGCCUGCAGGUGGAUAAGGCCAGAUACCAGUCCAUUUUCAAAGGUGCCAGAGUAUCUUACUGCGAGGGCGGCUUCAGGAACCUGGUGAAGGGCUGGGCGCCCACGCUCGUGGGCUACAGCAUGCAGGGCGCCUUCAAGUUCGCCGGCUACGAGUACUUCAAGUGGAAGUACUCCGGGCUCACCGACCCCGUCACGGCUUAUGAGAACCGAACGUUUAUUUUCCUCGCUGCGUCGGCUAGUGCUGAGUUUAUAGCGGAUAUGUUCCUGGCGCCGUGGGAGGCGGUGAAGGUCCGCAUGCAGACGACUCCAGGCUACAGCAGCCGGAUGCGAGACGCCAUGCCGCACAUGUACCGGACUGAAGGACUGGGAGUCUUCUUCAAGGGCCUGCCUCCGCUCUGGGGCCGACAGAUCCCCUACACCAUGAUGAAGUUCGCCUCCUUCGAAAAGACUGUCGAGUAUAUUUAUGCCAACUUGGUUCCGAAGCCGCGGGAGCAGUGCACUAAAGCGGAGCAGCUAGUGGUGACGUUCUCUGCGGGAUAUAUCGCGGGGGUGCUGUGUGCCAUCGUGUCCCACCCGGCUGAUACAGUGGUGUCUAAGCUGAACAAGGACCCCAGCGCCAGUAUAGGCGGCAUACUGAAGGAGGCGGGGUUUCUGGGCGUGUGGCGCGGGCUGGCGGCGCGUAUCAUCAUGAUCGGCACGCUCACGGGCCUGCAGUGGUUCAUCUACGACGCCUUCAAGGUCUACACGCGGAUGCCAAGACCUGUCGCCGGUCCACCCCCCAAGACCGAAGAAAAAAAAUGACUCGCGAUAAAAUUGAUGCUGUGUCUUCACAUUUUGUCUGUACAUAAGUUUGAGGAGCCAUUUUAUUGUAGAUUAUGCUGAACGUCGUGGCUUUAGUCCUGUUUGUGUUUCUGAUCCGGCUUGAGCUGGGUUUAUAAGACGUAGCGGGCCAGGGUCCAGGUCCAUUUGCAAUAGGUCACUUAGAGCGGAUCGGCGCUCGUAAGUGCCGCACGGAGCGGAGAUAAAUCCCCAUAUUAUUGUUAUUGCCCUCCCAAAGGAUAUUCCCCUUUUCAAACUUGUAUAAGAUGGGACGCUUACUCCAUUAUAUAUUUUUAUACGUAUCUCCGAUCAUUGUUAAUGCAUUAGAAUUCUUCCAAUAAAAGUCUGUUAAGUUGGUGA